CUUGGAAGUUCUUCAAACUCUAAUGAUUGCUACUGAAUACUCUAAGUGUAUUAUUAAUUUCAAAUAGUUAUCUUUGAUUCUCUACAAAAUUUGUAAAUAAGAAAGGUUUAGAGGAUUUGUAGAGGUAUCAUAUAGGCAAUCACCAAAUUACUGCAAUUUUUCAUUUUUUUACAGUCAUCAAAAAAUAUAGGUAAUAUUUAAUAAUUAUCAAGAGUCCGCUUCCCCAUUAUCCUGUCUAUCUUCAGAGUAUCUUAAUAUAAUAUUGGCUUGGCUAGUAAAUUAGUCGGCACAGUAGCUUCAACACCCAUUAACUGUUAUGAGAAUAAAAUGCAAAUA